AUGGCGAACAAGAUUUGUGAGAAGCUGGGUUUCCCGAAUGUCUUGCGAGUUGAAGCUCAGGGACGGAGUGGUGGGAUUUGGCUUUUUUGGAACUCUCAGAAUUUUUGUGUACAGGUUGUGUCGGCAGGGUCGCAACAUCUUUCUGUGAGAGUGUCGAAGGGUAACCAGGCCCCGUGGAUGCUCACAGCAGUGUAUGCGUCUCCGCGCCAGCAGCUUCAACGUCCUCUCUGGAACGCUAUCAUCGAGCAAAGCAAGCAGGUGGAUUGCCCUUGGAUUCUCACCGGCGAUUUCAACUCAAUUCUCCAUCCGGACGAGAAAACAGGGCCUCCCUCACCAGCAACCUUUCGUAGAUGUAAGCGUUUUGGGGAGUUUCUGAAUGAAGCAGAGUUGGUGGAUCUAGGCUUCUCUGGCCCUCGGUUUACGUGGACCAGGGGGAAGGAGAGUGACACCUAUAAAGCCAGCAGAAUCGACAGAAGCAUUUGCAACCUAGAGUGGAAUGAGGGGUUCCCUAAUACGUCGGUGACCCAUUUGGCGCGCCUGAGCUCCGAUCACCACCCGAUUCUUACUACGGUGUCUAAUCAGGGAGGCUCUAACCUUUCCAUGAGACGUUUCAAAUUUGAAGCUGCCUGGUUCACUCAUGAGGAUUUUCUCUCUUUUCUUGCAGAUUCUUGGGAUCCUCUUAAUGCUUUGCCUAUGGCGUUGCAGGAUCUCUCCAAAAAGCUCCAGCUCUGGAAUACAUCGAACUUUGGAAAUGUGCACCAAAGGAAGAAGAGGCUGGUGGCCAGGAUUGAAGGGAUAGAGCGACGACUAGCAAACUCUUUCUCUCCAGGUCUCCUCAAGCUACACACAAAGCUGGAGAAGGAGUUAGAUAAGACAAUGGAGCAGGAGGAGCUUAUCUGGUUCCAGAGGGCGAGGGAGCAUUGGGUGAAGUUCGGAGAACGGAACACAGCUUAUUUCCACCAGCUUGCCAACAUUAGACGGCGGAGGAAUAAGAUUGACUGUCUUAAGAAUAUCAAUGGGGAAUGGGUUAGCGAGAAGGAUGAGCUGUUGCAACUUGUUUAUAACUUUUUCUCUGAGCUUUAUUUGCAGGAUAACUCACCUUAUGUUGACCUUCUCCCCAAAGGAGACUUCCCGCGGCUGAACCAAGAAGACUGGCUCCAUGUUCUCCGACCUUUCAGCAUCCUCGACAUCCACAAAGCGGUCUUUGAGAUGAAACCGCUUCAAGCACCGGGGCCGGAUGGGUUCCAAGCUCUGUUCUACCAGAAAGCCUGGGCGGUGGUGGGGAAAGCUCUCACUGAUAUGGCUCUUUUCUUUUUUGAGCAGGGAACGUUGCCUGAAGCGGUCACGGAGUCCACGGUGGUCCUCAUCCCAAAAGUGGAUAAGCCGGAGUCGGUUACCCAGCUUCGCCCGAUCUCCCUCAACAAUGUCUGCCUCAAAGCAAUCACUAAAGCCCUGACCUGUCGGUUGAAGGAGGUGAUGAGGAAGCUGGUUUCUCCAAGGCAAAGCAGCUUCAUCCCAGGACGCCAAACGACCGACAACAUCCUUAUUGUCCAGGAAGUGCUGCACUCUUUGCGGAAAAAGCGGGGAAAGAAGAGAGGAAUGGUGUUGAAGGUGGAUCUCGAGAAGGCGUAUGACAGGCUUCGUUGGGACUUCUUGAGGGACACCUUGAUUGAAGUUGGGCUUCCGAGUUCGUGGAUCAGGGGGAUCAUGUACUGUGUUGAGCACAACAAGAUGCGAAUCUUGUGGAAUGGGGAGCUCACGCCUAUCAUCACCCCCACUCGGGGCGUCCGCCAGGGAGACCCUCUUUCUCCCUAUCCUUUUGUUCUAUGUAUGGAACGUUUAUCUCAUAGAAUAGAUCAGGCCGUCCGGGAUAAGCAGUGGAAGCCCAUUCGCUUGUCUCCGAGGGGCCCUGCCUUAUCCCACUUAUUUUUUGCGGAUGAUUUAGUGCUUUUUGCAGAGGCAGAAGGGAGCCAGAUAAGAGUCGUGAAGAGUUGCCUGGAUGAGUUUUGUGCCAGUUCAGGGCAGCGGGUGAGCUAUGAUAAGUCUGUCUUGUAUGUCUCGCCAAACAUCAGGCAAGACAGAGCCCGCCGGCUUAGUGACAAGGUUGCCAUCCCGCUGGUUACUAAUCUUGGCCGGUAUUUGGGUAUUAAAGCUAUUCAUGGGCGGGUUACUAAGAGCCGAUACCAGGCCUUGAUUCUGAGGAUCCAAAAGAAGCUAGCUCCCUGGAAAGCAAGGAGGCUCUCCCUCGCCGCGAGGCUAACGGUUACUCGUUCUGUCUCUCCUGCUAUUCCCACUUACUCUAUGCAAUCUGAGCUAAUCCCUAAGAAUGUCUGCAAUGCUAUAGAUAAGAUUAACAGGGAUUUUAUCUGGGGAAAAGAGGAGGACAAGGGGAAGUUGCAUCUGGUGCCUUGGGAGAAGAUGACAGAACCUAGACUCCAAGGGCGUGGAGGCCUUCGGCCCCUCAGACAGGCUAAUCUUGCUCUUCUGGCCAAAGGAGGGUGGCGUAUCCUCAAGGAGAAGGAGGCUCUAUGGACCCAGAUUUUUAGCACUAAAUAUGGGAAGCAGAGAGAGGGCCUCGACAUAUUUCGGCCUAUUCAGGGAAGUUCUUUUGCCUGGAGAAGCUUUACCAAGGCUUCCCACCUUCUCAGAAAAGGGUGUGCGUGGAAUAUUCAGAAUGGUAGAAGCACUGAUUUUUGGUGUGAUGUGUGGGUUUUGCAGGUUCCUUUAAGGGAUGUGGCUAUCCAGCCCAUUCCGGAGGAGAGACUGAGGGACACGGUUGCUAGCUAUCUGGAUGAUAAUGGAGAUUGGGAUGUGGAUCGUUUCUCGCAGUGGCUGCCCUUUGACGUUCAGCAGAAGAUCACGGCAGUAGCAGUGGAUGUUUUCUCUAUGGAGAAUGAUACUCUCUUCUGGGCUCCUUCCCCAAAUGGCCAUUUCACUGCUAAGUCGGCUUUCCAGAUCGCCAUGCCCCAGCAAGGAAAUCAGGACGAGAAAUUGUGGAAGAAGAUCUGGAGUAACCCGGUGCCAGAGAGAGUUAGGUGCUUCAGCUGGCUGGUUGCGCUGAACAGGAUUUCCACUAACAGCAUGCUCUUUUACAGGAAAUGUUCCCCGUCGCCGAUGUGCUUCCGGUGUAACAGCUGCCCGGAAACAACGCUCCAUCUUUUGAGAGACUGUCCUCCGGCUGUUUAUGUUUGGAGCAGGAGCGUUCCCCCCUCCGAGCAGCUUGGCUUCUUUGCUAGCGAUCAGGAAGCUUGGCUGCGAGGGAAUUUACUUAAUGAUGAACCCAUGGCGAAUGGAAUGCCUUGGGGUGCUUUUUUCAGUAUAACCAUAUGGCUUUUGUGGAAAAACAGGUGCACAACGGUGUUCCAAGGUGUGCAGAAGGCUCUGACUGCACCUUCUCUGUUGCACUCUAUUCAGUUGAAGGCGGAUCUGUGGUAUAAGGCGUGGUGCGCUCCUCUGUUGGAAACGAGUAAUCGGGAGCCAAGAAGGAGCCGGGUGACAACUAGCAUCCAGUGGAAUGCUCCACAGCAGGGAUGGGUAAAAUUGAACAUAGAUGGUGCAUCGGCGGGCAAUCCGGGGCCGGCUGGUGCAGGCGGUCUGAUUCGUGAUGCGCAGGGACGAUGGAUAGCAGGUUUUGUGGCAAAGAUUGGGGAAGCAUCUGCGGCUUUGGCAGAGCUUUGGGCCUUCUACCAUGGUCUUACUCUUGCUUUGAAGUUUGGAGUUAACAACCUUGUGAUCGAGACGGAUUCUCAGCUGGCGAUUCUCCUCAUUAGUAAUCGCCAUGAUCCGGUGCAUCCGUAUGCCGCUCUGUUAGCGUCCAUUCGGAGGAGACUUGCUCAGGAUUGGUUGGUUAGCAUAGUUCAUACAUACCGAGAAGGGAAUAGAGCCGCGGACUGGCUCUCGAAGCACAGUCUCGUCUAUCCCUACGGUAUGCAUGAGCUUACUAAUCCUCCUAGGGAGCUAGUCCAGAUUUUGCAGGACGAUAGUAUGGGGGUGUCUUUUGAUCGUCGUGUAGUGGCACCUUCCUCCUCUUAG